AUGCAGCGUCUUGCGGGAGGUUCCCGAGUCACGGUCGUCUUGAGGACGGGAUUGCAGGUCCCACGCACAGUCGCAACUUGUGGAACCAAGUCUGGUGUCUUUUUUCACAGCACUGGCCGGCGAUUGGGGAGCACCGCUGCCUCGAUCAAGAAGCAAAGUCAAGAUGCCGCCCCAAAGAUUGACCGCUCGCAAUCAAAGCUCUACAAGAAUGCCGACGAGGCAGUCGCAGACAUCAAGAGUGGCUCUACCAUUCUCAGUUCAGGUUUCGGUCUUUGCGGAGUUGCCGAAACCAUCAUCCAGGCUAUGGCCCGCAGAGGCGUCGACUCAUUGAACAACCUCACAGCCGUUUCGAACAAUGCAGGAGCAGGAGAUGGUGGCCUGGCCUCGCUCACAAAGUCGGGUCAAAUCAAGAAGAUGAUUCAGUCAUAUCUCGGCAACAACAAGGCCCUCGAGCAAAAGUACUACUCUGGCGAAAUCUCCAUUGAGCUCUGCCCACAGGGAACAUUGGCCGAGAGGAUCCGCGCUGGUGGUGCUGGUAUUCCCGCCUUUUACACUCCAACAGGUGUCAACACCCACAUUGAGACGGGAGAAAUCCCGAUUCGCCUCGGUCCGGCUAAGGAUGGCUCCAAGGAAUUGACCGUCCUUGAAUACGGUAACAAGCGUGAGACCAGAGUCUUCAACGGCAAGAAAUACAACAUGGAGCACGCCAUUGAGGGUGAUGUUGGUAUCCUCCGCGCAUGGCAGGUUGAUGAGGCAGGAAACUGCAGGUUCCGCUAUACCACCCAGGCCUUUGGUGUCCUCGUGGCUAAGGCCGCAAGAAUCAGCAUUGUCGAGGCUGAGGAGAUUGUGCCUGUUGGCAGCAUUCACCCCGACGAUGUCCACCUCCCCGGAAUAUACAUUAACCGUAUCGUCCCAGCUACCGCCAACAAGGCUGUCGAAAUCAAGAUGCUUCGCGAGGAGGAGGGCGCAAAGAGCAGCAGCCCGACUGAAAAGUCGCCUGCACAGCUCCGAAGAGAGAAGAUUGCCAAGAGAGCAGCCAGGGAGCUCAAGCAUGGCAUGUACGUCAACCUCGGAGUUGGUAUGCCUACCCUCGCUCCCUCUUUUCUCAACCCCGAGAUCAAGGUCUGGAUCCAGUCGGAGAACGGUCUGCUUGGAAUGGGUCCCUACCCUACGGAGGCUGAGGUCGACGCCGACCUCAUCAAUGCCGGCAAGGAGACUGUCACCAUUGUUCCUGGUGGCUCAACCUUUGACUCGUCCGAGUCAUUUGCCAUGAUCCGUGGUGGCCACAUUGAUGUGUCGAUGCUAGGUGCCCUCCAGGUCAGCGCAAACGGUGACUUGGCCAACUUUAUGAUUCCUGGCAAGGUCCUCAAGGGUAUGGGAGGAGCCAUGGACCUCGUCUCCAACCCAGACCAGACCAAGAUUGUCUGUCUUACCGACCACCAGGAUAAGUACGGUCGUUCAAAGAUUGUGCAGGAGUGCAGCCUGCCUCUGACUGGUGCUCGCGUCGUCAGCACCAUUAUUACCGACCUGUGUGUCUUCCAAGUUGACCGUAUCGACGGCGGAUUGACCCUUACUGAGCUCGCCGAGGGCGUCACCGUCGAAGAGGUCAAGGAGAAGACGGACGCAUCCUUCGUAGUUGCCAAGGAGCUCAAGUCUAUGGAGUAA